CGGAGAAAAGYUGUCUGUAUUACCCGUCACUACCAAUGUGGCCUUGAUUAUACCGCGAUAAUGCAGCUAGCAAGUCCCUACGAAGUGAAGGAUCAUCAACUGACCCUUAUCAUCCCUCUUAUCAAUCCUGGACAUUGGCGGCUGUGGCGCGAAACUUUUGAGGAGUUGUCUUUGUGCUUGGCCAGAGUAAAGGUGGCGUGGACACAGACCAGCGGGCAUCCUACGUGGAUCGAAAAUCUGGAGCUGCUAAUCAUCCAAGCUUGGAGGACUGAUGUGGAGGGCGAUCUUCUUGGCUUUCUCUUUGGAUCGGUACAGCCGGGGCGCCGCCAGCUGAUUGCGCAGGAGCUCAUCGCACUGAUCGUGCAAUUGGCGGACAAUCUCUCGCCCGACAUCUAUUCACAGAGUGACGACAGUCCUGCUCCGUACAUUUUCGAGCGAUCAUUGGAUCCGUACCUUCAGUGGACUGCGUGCUUUGAGGAACCUAGGGACGAGGAUACGCUACCAUCGCGGCAGGAGUAUCUCAAGCCGUACGAUAUCAUCCCUCACGCCUUUUAUCCAAGGGUGGAGGAAGUGGUGAUCGWCGACGACGAAGAAGACGAGGACGAGGAAACAUCGRAGGAGGGAAGCUAUAGUGAACAUAGCGAGGGCGAGUUGAGCGAAGGAGAAGAGGAGGAAGAAGAAACCGGAUCUGAGUGGGAAGCCUUGCCGGAGGAAGCGACGCGUACGGGAACGGAGGCGGAAGAUCCGGAAGCAAAAAAGUCGGCAGGGGGGGAAUCAUAUCGGCGGCGGGAAGUCUUACCUGAAGUGCCGUGCUGGUGGGAGCGACGCUGCCAGCACCCAGCUCUACCAAUGGGAAACGACGAGCGGGAAAGCGGGACCGCUUUUAGGAAUGGGAAAUCGCUGCCUCGCUUAGAAAGGUUAUCUCUCUCCUCCUCUUCGACGUUAGGAAACCCAGACGAGAAAACCGGUACGACGCGUUCUUUGCCGUCUUCGAUCUCGCCGGCUUGCCCUGUAGGGAGAGCAAAUGCAAAUGGGAAGCGGGAUGAAGGGGAAGAAGCAUCUGUUGUCUCGUUGAAGGCGAAGUAUACCAUCGAGGCGCUCGUCAAUGUCGGUACUGUGCGCGUCCACGUGUUCUUCGGCGAUGGAGAUGAUGAUGUGGACGGCAGCGCCGACGUGGCGAGCUCGAUGUCCUCUCGAUUUCGCUUCGUCGAAGCGGAAGUGGAGCAGGGUGACGCUGGAGGGGGAAGCGAGAACGAGCUGGCGACGGUAGACAACCGAGAUCCAGAUGGUCGAGGAGGUCGCGACUUGGGGGAAAAAGGGGAAGAACCUCGUCGUCAAUGGCUGGUGGUGCACGUGGAGGACCGGGAUCGCGACGGGCGACAGCUGCAGUUGCGCAGGCGUCUUCGCAUUCCCUUGCCCCCAAGUUGCAGGGUGAUAGAGGAGAGUUUACGCUGCCACGUCAGAGAUGAUGACGUGGAAGUCAAGUUUCGAAUAAGCGAGCACAAGCUUGAUGACGCUGACGAUGGCGAUGAUCAUAAUUGGGAUGGCCAUGAGAACGAAGAGGAAGAGGAUCAAGACGGUAGCGGCGGCGGCGAUGGAGAAGGAAGAGUAGAUGGCGAAGAAGAGGUGGUCGAGGACUGUUCUUCUUGGAAGAAGAACAGAGAAGACUCGAGCGAUUCCCGCCGUCGAUUGGAUGAUGAGCUGAUCGUGAUGAAGUCCAUGAAGGUGCCGAUGACGUCCACGAUGAGAAGUCCGGAAUGCCGUCGAGGAAGAGCCGCAACGUCGACGAGCCGAAGUAGCAAAACUGGAGUGGAUGGAGUACUGAGAAGUCAAGGACGUGGGAAGGACGACGACGAGUGCGCUGUGGAUGCUCAAAAGCAUCCGGCUGCUGCUGAAGGUCUGCCUCAGAUGGAGCAGGCUCGACUUCAACGGUCUCCUCAGCCGGGGGAGAAGGAGGAGGGUCAGUGGGCUGAGGAGGAGCAGUGAACCCAUCACUACGAGCACGGUCAUAGGCACGCACCAACAUGCGAGCGUGCUGCAAGUGCUCGAGGGGCUCCCAGGUAGCCUCCUCAUCAGGGUAACCCUUCCAACGCACGAGAUACUCGACGUGGGGAGGGUUGUCGUCGGUGACUCGGCGACCAAUGAUGUCUGAAACGAGGAACUCCUCGUGGCCGUCCACCAUGAAGGGUGGAGGGCGCUCGUAUGGUUGUCCAGUGAAACGCUCAGACGGUCUGCGGUAAGGACGCAGUAACGAGACGUGGUAGACAUCAUGCACACGAGCCUGGCGUAGGUAGUCGGGGAGCUUCACACGAAAGCUGACCGGGCUAGAUGCUGUAUCAGAACCGAUGCCCUGGAGGAUGCGGCAUGGGCCAAAAAAGCGACGCUGAAACUUGUGAAGCGUGUCCGCUUCGAGCUGUAAGUGGCGGGUAUGGAUAAGCACAUCAUCACCGACUUUGAAUGAAUGGUCCAUCCUCGA